ACCAAAACGCCAGGUAAUCGUGUUUCAUUCAUUCGAAUUACGCGCAACCAUUGUAUUGUGAAGAACAGUACGCGGUACCGCUGCACGAUAAUUACGUGGACAUACGCAGCAUUUUGCACGCAGCGUCACUCGAUCGUAGUCGUGUUGUGGCAACUGUUCGUUACCUAACUAAAGGCAAGGCAGCAAGGCGGGUUUUAAUUUAUCUGCUGUUUCUGUGUUUGGUACGGCUCUGCAGUGGGGAAUAAAACCCAGGAAUUUCUUUGUGAGAUUGGGGUGUUGUAUACGGGCACGUAGAAAUCUUCAACAACUGCAAUGGCAGUCGUGAGUCAUUUUGCCAUGCUUGCAUUGUUACUUCUUCUGAUGUCUUCUGGAAUGACUGGGCAAAUAUCAAAACCCACACCCAAACAAAAUGUUCAGAAGAUGGUGGACCUGAGAUCUAAACAUGGACUCUUAAUUCCAAUGGAUUCUGAAAAUUUCAAGAAAUAUGUUAAAUCAAAGCACAGCAAAUAUUCUGUAAUAGCCAUGUUUACUGCAUUGAAGCCAAGUUUUAAAUGUGAGAUAUGUCCUGAUGCCAAAAACGAAUUUUCUAUGUUAGCGUCGUCUUAUGCUGCACAACCAUCUGAAACAUCGAAUAUUUUUUUUGUAGUUGUGGAUUAUCAUAAUUCACAAGAAGCAUUUAGAGCGAUGAAACUAACUCACGUGCCUGGAUUCUUUUAUUUUCCUGGUGAUCGCAAAAGGAAGAAGAUCGACACUUAUGACUCGAGAAGAUCUGGCUAUAACGCCGUUUCUUUAUCACGUUGGUUGGCUGAAAUUGAGGGUAUAAAGAUUAAAAUCAUCGUACCUUUCGACUACUCGAAGCUUGCAUGGCCGAUUGGUAUUGCUUUCGUAGUUAUGCUGCUGAUAAUAUGGAAGCCCCACAUAGCAAUGCUUAUAUUGGGAAAUAAAUUUCUUUGGGGAAUUGGAGUUUUGUUUGUCGUCUUAUUAAUGACAUCUGGACAAAUGUGGAAUCAUAUUAGAAAACCUGCUCAACUCAAUAAGAACAGGCAAGGUGGACUAGAAUAUAUUCAUGGGAGUCGUGGCGGACAAUACAUUUUUGAAUCCUACAUUGUAAUGGCAUUGAAUGCUGCAAUUACACUGGGCUUUAUUUUGCUCAACGAGGUACAAGCAAUCAAACAUAGGAUUAUUAAAAAAGCCGUGGGAUUCCUUGGCUUUGGCGUCAUUGUGAUAUUCUUCGGUCUUCUCCUUUCUAUAUUCCGAAUGAAGAAUCGAAGUUAUCCAUUCAGCUUCAUUUUCAAUUGAAUAUUCUAGGCAAAUUUGGAUAUUAUACCUAUUUAAAAUUUAAACCAGAGUCAACAAUCGUUUAUAUUCUUUUAUGAGGUACUGGAGCCAGGUAAACAUUAAAUACAAUAUUAAAUAAUUGAAAUACAAUAUUUAAAAGUCAUCCAAAAAUGUUAGUUUUAUAGAUAGAUCAUGUAUCCUAAUUUUUUCGGAUUUCAUAUUGUAUUAUCGCCUAUUCAAAUUCAUAUUGAAAGCCUAAUAUCUGUAAUAAUGUUUGGAAUGUGCAUGUUUCCAACAUCUUUGCCAUACUGAAAAUAUUUGCCAUAUUUUAUUGUUGGAACAUAGUUGUUCAUUAGGAAAUGAAACGAGCCUACUUGUUUUUCUAUGAGAGAUUAUUAUUCUUUUAUUGUCUGCUGUUAUAACAUUAUUUGUCAUCUGCAUGUUUCCAGUAUCAUUUUCUGCAUUCCCGAUGUGUGUCUGGUGCUAUUAUUGAGAUUAGCUCUUUUUGGUGUUUCUUUAGCUCUUCUUGCAUUAUGUUCUUAGUUAAUUUGUAAUCUAGAUAAUAUUUUAAAUGUAAGUAUUUGAUAAACCAAACCAUGUUGAAAUGUCUUAAGAAUCUGCCAAUUAUUAAUUGUGGGAUUGAAAAUUAUAUAUAUAUAAUUUUUUAUACCUAGUCUGCAAUACUUAUUUUGACUACACUAUAGAUGUCUGAUAUGGUGUUGAUUUGAACCAUCUAACUUGCAUACACAAUGACACUGCUUCACAAUAUCUUAGAUUUUACUUAAGUUUGUUAUUACCUGUAACUAUUUUUGUGCUGCUACUAUCGGUAAAAAAUAGAAUAUUUUCUGGCUGUUAGAUAAGUAUUUUAACAUCACGAAGAGAUUGUUGACUGGCAGCCUGUCGCUAAUCGUAUAAAAGACAUGCUGAAUGAAAAUUGCCAAAAGAAAGAUCAUGUCUUGAAGUACAUUGUUUUUAUCAUUCUGAUAUAGACUGAUAAUUCCGAAUUCAAAAUUUUUGGUGUUCCAACAUAGUUGCAAUAUAUAGGAAAAGUCAACUUGUUUUAUUAAUUUUACCUUUAUACGCUGCAAUUUUUGCUUUAUGCAAACGCAAAUUUAAUGACGUUUGAAUAUGGUUAUUCUGUGAAAAUGUUCAAUAAAUAAAUGAAAAAAUAGAA